AUGGCCUCUCUCCACCACACACACCUCGUGCGCCUGCUGGGCUUUUGCCUGGACCAGAACGUGGAGACAGGCAAGCAGGAGCAGAUCCUCGUGUACGAUUUCAUAGGCAAUAGGGACAUGGAGUACCAUAUCCACAAGACCAAGCGUCCGCUCUCUCUACGCCAGAGGCUGCGCCUGGCACUGGGAGCAGCAGAGGGCUUGGCGUACCUGCACGGUUUUGACACGCCCAUCGUUCACCGUGACAUCAAGCCCGCCAACAUUCUUGUGACUGAAGACAUGCAAGCCAAGGUGGCUGACUUUGGGCUGCUCAAGCGCCUCACUCACGGCGAUGCUGAUGCCACGCGAGUUGCUGGCACUCCGGGCUAUGUGGAUCCGGAUUACAACCGCACCAAUGUCAUCACAGCCAAGAGUGACGUGUUCAGCUUUGGAGUCGUGCUUCUUGAGCUGCUGAGUGGAAAGUCGCCCCAAGCUAUGAAGCUGGUGGAGACAUAUGAGCUAGAAGAGCUGAGGGACAGCAAGAUGCCGGCGGCAAGUGAAGAGGCUAUAGUGGAACUUGCACACCUGGCUCUGGACUGCAUCAAGUCUCCUGGCACACGGCGACCCACUAUGAAGGAUGUGGCAUACCGCCUCAGUGCCCUCAUUGCCAAGCACUGCCCCGACAAGGAGGAUGAGUGGGAGAGUGCCACAGAAGAAGAGAGUGAAAGCAACAAGGGUAGUUAA